AUGGGAGCCUGGAGUGCUGAUGAAGCCUGGAGGGGUGGGGUUGUGAGUUUCAGAAGGAAAUGGCUUCUGGAGCCUCUGAAGGACAUAGUUCAUGAAGGUGGCACCAUCAAGCUGGCUUGCUGAAUGUCAUUCUCAGACCUGCUUAUUUGCUGGAUUAAGGUCAAGGGGCUGUGCAAUGGACAUAAGUGACGCUAUGUCCCCAAGGACCCUGAUGUGGUGGCUCUGGUGGUGCAAGACACCGAGUUGACCUACCUGGACCAGUAUAGCAUCAGCAUAGCCAAUCCCUUCUGCCAGUGCUCAGACUCAUGUAUCCUUGUGGAAGACUCACAUGUUCAAAAGGGACCUGAUAACACUAAGACACGCAAAGACACCAUGGUAACACUGACUGCCCAGAUCCUGGGCUAGCCUCUGCCGGAUGUCCGCUGGACCAAGGAUAGAGAGGACAUCAAGGUCGACGACAGGGAAGGGCUGGGGUCUGCGAAAAAGGCAGGGCCCGGGGCUGGAACCUGUGUGAUACUGUUCCCAGAAACCUUGCAGAAGGAUGAGGGUCGCUGGACCGCAAAGAACAGAGCUUUCUAG